AGACUUCAUUGUCUAACAGGAAUUCUGAGCUUGAUGAAUUGGUAAUGAAGUUAAAAGAUUCAGAAGAAUUGUCUCAGUCUUAUCUUGCCAAUAACUCUGCUAUUCUUGUUGAACAGGGCAAUAUUCUUUCCCAGCUGGAGGGCACGACACUGGCUUUGAAAUCUCUAGAGGAUGAGCAUGCUGAACUGGGCGGCAAGCACUCAUCCUUGGUAUCGGAGAAAGAUCUCUUAUAUAGUCAACUUAGGAAUCUACAAGAUCAGGUGGAAAUUAAAAAUGAACAGCAUGAAGCUUUUCUCAGGUUGCACCAAAUGCAGAUAAAUGACUUUGAAGCGACAGUUUCUUCUAUGCAUGAGAAAAUCUGUCAUAUGGAUCACAUGCUUGACCAAGAGCAGCAAGAAUGUACAUAUGCUUCUAUCAGUGCAUUGGUCCUUAAUAAAAGUUUGGCCGACACAAAAGAUAAAAACGUUGCCCUCUUUGAUGAAUGCCAGAAAUUCAUAAAGUCCACUCAUUCUGCAGAGAUACUAAUAGCACAGCUUGAGGAGGAAGCAAAAAAUGAAGAAGAAGAGAAGAAAGCAUUGUUGGAACACAAUAAGAAAUUAAUGCAUGGGAUCUCACAGCAAAUUAAGAUCCUUAAUAUUUGCAAGGACUUGGGGCGCCCUGGUGUGGUUCAUGAUGAAAUUAUGCUGCAGGCUUUGUCUCGUGAAACUUUAAACCAUGUAAAGCAUACAGAGGAGAGCGAACAUAGAAAUGUCUGCAUGGAGGCUGAGCUAUCUGUUCUUGAAACAAUCCUUGCACAAAUAGUAAGUGAUUUCAGAGAUUUGCACCUGCAGAAGUGUAAACUUGAGAAAGAAGUGGAGACAGGAGCUGCCGAAUUGCUCUUUUUGCGAAACAAAAAUCACAACCUUAUUGAGUUGAAUGAACAUCUGGGGCAAAGGUUGCAGCAAGGCAGUGAAAUUGAGGAGGCAUUGAAGAUUGAACUCACUAGUGGCAUGACACAGUUGAUGGAGAAGGAUGAUAAGCUAUGCAAGGCAGAUGAGACGAAUCAAUUCUUGCAGGAGACAAACCAGGAAUUGUGCAAAGCUCUCAGGGAUCUUGAGGCUUCUGUUGAAGAUGCAAAAUUGGUAAAAGGUGAACUUGAGAAGAAAAUCACAACGCUAACUGAACAAGGCGCUGUAAGAGAUGAUGAUUUUCUUCUUCUUUGUGAAGCUAAAGUAGUGUUGCAAGGAGAGGUUGACAUCCAUAAGCAGAAGGAAGAAAGUUUGAUGUCUACACUUCAGAUGGCGAAAAAAGAGGCUGACCAACAUGAAAGAGAAAUUGAUUCACUCGUGAGUGAUAUGAUAACUUGUUCUGUGAAUGUCAUGAUCUACGAGGAACAUUUACUUGAGCUAAUGAUGGAAUGCGAGGCUCUUGAGAUAAGAAUGAUUACUGAAAAGGGAAUGCUAAUGGAAGAAAUCUCCUCAAGGGAUGCUUAUGUUGAUGAGCUGCACAGAAGGAUUGCCAGCAUGGGAGGAGAAAAUGAAGAACUUAAGGUGGAGAUGAGCGCAUAUGUGCCACUUGUAGCAUCUCUGUCUGCUCAGAUAACCAUACUGGAAGAAGGAACUCGUUUACUUUCAGAACUUAACAAAGAAGGAAAAUCGGAAUUUGUGCAAGAUGACAAACGUGGUUCAGAGUUUCUAGGCAAACCAUCAGGAGUUUUGGAGUUGCAAAGCUUAAUUGCAAGAGUCGAAGCACUCCGAGUUGUAAUAUUAGAUGUCAAGGAUCGCAGAGAUAAGGAGUUCAAUGAAUCUGCUGCUAAAUUGGAAUUGGCGAAUCUAGAAAUUCAAGAUCUUAAAACAAGAAAAGACUCAUGCAUUGGACACAAGGAACAAUACAUGGAGAACGAUAGGCAAAACUAUGACGCUGAUAACUCAAAAGGGAAGCAAGCACAGAUCAUGAAAGAUAUUGAGCUUGAUCAGGUAUCUACUUGCCCACCAUAUGGCACUGGAACCACCGUGUACCCUCUUGGUGGCGAUGCAAAUGCAGAACUUGAUGAUGAGAUGCUUCAGCUAUGGGAGACUGCUGAGAAGGAUUGCAAGAACCAAACAGCCAAAUCUUCAUCGUCUGAACAUGAUAUUCAAGCUGUGGAGGAGGUGAAGAGUCAAUACCCUUCCUUUCAACUAGCAAGAGGAGAUGACAGACUCGAUAUAUCAACAGCAUCCCUGGAACCUCAGCAACUAUGGACCAAAAAUGUCCUUGAGAAGCUCGCUACUGAUGCUCAGGGGCUGUUAAUCAUCCAAGCAAGCAUUGAGGAGGUGAAGCAGAAAAUCGAAGGAACUUCGCAUGGAAAAUCUCCCUCGAGCUCAGAGUACAGCAGCAUCAGAGCUCAGCUGCAGGAGAUCGAGGGUUCUGUCUUGGAACAGAUAGGUUUCAAUAACAGUUUGACAAAGAAGGCUGAGAAUUAUCCUGAAUUUGAGGCAAGUGCUGAGCUAGAAGGCUAUUCCAGUAGAAGGAAAAUCUCUGAGCAGGUGCAGAAAGGAUCAGAGAAAGUUGCGAGGUUAGACCUUGAACUUCAGAAGAUACAGUAUGUCUUGCUGAAGCUCGAGGAAGAGCACGAGUACACAAGGGUCAAAGUCUCCGAGAAGCGUUCGCGACUGCUCUUGAGGGAUUACGUGUAUGCUAGAAAGGACAAAGUUGAUGUCGGGCAAAAGAAGAAGAGCAGGGUGCCCUUUUGCGGUUGUGUGCGUCCCAGGACAAUAACUGAUGAGCCUUAACCAUUUUGUUCUGUAGGCAGCAGGAGAAAGAAGCUCUAGAAGUCAUCCCAACAGCCUCAUGUUCUUACUACUUUUCGGUGACAUAAAGUAAUGUUUUUAGGAUCUCUUCUGUAAUGAGUUCGGAUGAUAAUGUUAACAAGGAGCUCAUGCAUUCAGAGUUUU